AUGGUUCUCAAACUGAUCUCCGCGACGCCUUCGCCCUACGCUCGCAUCAACCGCAUCGCGAUGAUCGAAAAGGGAAUCCAAUUCGAGCUGCAAAGUGAGAUACCCUGGCACAAGAGCGAGACUCAGACACCCAAGUACAAUCCAUUGGAAAAACUCCCCGUCCUCAUCUUCGAUGAUGGCAGAGCUCCGAUCUACGACAGCUCCCACAUUCAAGAUUAUAUCGUCCAAAAGUACUCCAAUCAAGGCCCGAAGCUGGUGACUGGAGACCUUGAUCGAGAUCUCCAGCUCAAACAAGUACAGGUGCUCUCUCAGGGCGUGAUGGAUGCCGUGGUACUGAAAUUCUUCGAGAAAGCUCGAGCGCAGAAGAGUCACGAAUGGGAAGAUCGCCAGGCGAGGAAGGUUGAUGGAGGCUUCCGAGCGUUCGAGGAGCUUGCAAGGAACCGACAGCCGCAAGGAUCCGAUUACCUGUUCUUCGACCAGUUCACGAUUGCCGACAUCGCCGUCGUCUGUGCGGUGGGCUUCGUGAACUUCAACGGCGCGAUCGAGAAUUGGCAGCAGAAGUACCCCAGCCUUGCCACCUACUUUUCCAAGUUGGAUGAGAUGGAGAGCUUCAAGAGUACAAGGCCUGUCAUGUUCGACAUCAAGUCUGAUCAGGUCGUCUAA